AUGGCCUUCUAUUCUUGUAUGAGUAGAACCAUAUACUGCAGGAUCAACCUGAGUGUUCCCGUCCUGGACCGUUUCUACAACCAGGAGGACACGAGGCCCGAUUUUCGGCUAAGCAGGGAGUCCUUGGCAGUGUUGCUAAAUCUCCUGGACCAGGAUCGGCGCCAUGGUUGGGGUGCCACAAUUGAGAUCUUGGUAUUCACAUUCUGGUUGGCAAGUGGAGCAUCCUACAGGCUGGUGUCAAGAGUGUUUGGGAUGCCUCGUUCCACUGUCCACACCAUUGUCCACCGUGUCACUGAAGAAGUGGUGGCCAUUCGCCACCAGGUCAUCCACCUCCCAAAGACACCAGAGGACCUGGAGGCAGUGUCCCGUGGGUUUGCAGGGCUGGCACGUCACAGAGCCUUCCUGAAAGUGGUGGGUGCAAUCGACGGCUGCCACAUCCGCAUCAAGUGUCCAAGCGGCCUUGAUGGUCAGUGCUACAGAAACAGGAAACUGUUUCCUUCUAUCAUCCUGCAGGCAGUCUGUGACCAUCAGGGCUGCUUCAUCGACACCUACGUGGGCUGGCCUGGUUCGGUGCACGAUGCCAGGGUGCUCCGCCACAGCCCACUGUACAGACAGUCGGUCUACCCUCCUCCAGGACAUUUCAUCCUCGCAGAUGGGGGGUACCCAUGCCUCCAACAUCCACUCCCCCUCAUCACACCCUACAAGAGGCCAGUCCGAGGUGUAGGAGCCCAGCGCUUCAACAGCCACCAUUCCAGGGCACGCUCCAUCAUAGAGCGUGCGUUAGGAAUGAUGAAAACGAGGUUCAGGGCCAUCUUCCUGCAAGCGCUGGAGGUGCACCACACCUUUGUACCCCACGUUGUGACAGCCUGUGCCGUCCUCCACAACAUCUGCCUCAGUGCCGGUGACAUCGUGGCCCCAGUGGAUGAGCCUGAGGACGAUGGUGCAGAGGAUGGGGAGGGGGAGGCUGGGUUGGAGGCAGUCAGUGGUGCUCUUUGGCGGGACCAACUGUCAUCUGAGGUGUCAGCCCUGGAGGAGGUACCACCAGACCACGACUACUGUUAACAGGCAAGUGCAAAUUUGUCUAGGAACCUUUUCUCUGGUGGCAUAUGGCACUUCAUGGCACUCCUGUCUGCAUAUCUCUGACAUCUUAGU